AGAGACGUUGUUAGCCAAUGGAUACGAUUCCGUAAAAUGAAUCUGAAGUUUAUUUUGCCCAGCAUUUUGACUUUGUAUAUAGGACUAUGUUUAAAUUAUCAGAUGUCUCAAACGUUGUACGACUUCGCACCGUGUUCAUUAACUCUCAGUUUUGAGUAUUAUGUCGGCAUUACUGUAAAGGACUGUAUUUUAAAUUGCCGACGACGGAAAAUAUGCGCGGCAAUUAACUACAACCGUUACAAUAAGUUUUGCGCUCUUAGAAAUAGCACUGAUAUUGAGCUACUCGGUUCCGAACCAGAGUGGUGCUAUGAUAUUGUCAUAAACAACAGCACUGCUGUUCUAGAUGUUCCUUGUAAAGACAAUCAAUGUAAUGAAACUAGCAUUUGCUUGGACUCUGCCAGAUUCCCUUUCUUCACAUGUAGGCUCGGAUACUGCAGACCGGAAUCGAAAGUUGCAAAUGCUUCGUUUAGAAUCAAAGUGCUGACUCAUGUUGGCGGCAGAAAUGAGCUUAUUUGUGACAAAGGAUUUACGCCAUCAGGAAAGCAGUCUUUGACUUGUCUCCAAGAUGGCAACUGGUCAAUAACGGAUCUAGAAUGUUUAAAGAAUUGUCCGUCUAUUCCACUGAAAUCAACGGCAACGGUCGCGUCCUGGUCAACGUACAGAUUUGUAGUCAAUACAACUGCCACCUACACGUGUAAUGAAGGAUUCUACAAUAUUACAGACAGGAUAAUUGUCUGUAACAAAUUUGGAGUCUGGUCAGAGUUCGAUUGUUUGCCAUACUGCCGCCAAGCUGACAUUGUCUCGAUUAGAAAUGGCAGUCCAAAACAAGGAGUUAAUUAUACAAUACAUUUGCAUGCCGAAUAUGUGUGCCAUACGGGGCAUUAUAUGUCGCCAGGAUCGAGAUUCGUCAGUUGUAACAACAGAGGCACAUGGUCAGAACCGGAAGUAUCAUGCCUUCCAUUUUGUAAGCAAAUAAAUAUUCCGCCUGUGACCAAUGGACACCCGCUUUAUGGAACAUUGUAUAAUUAUACCAUGACAGCACGAUAUGAGUGUGAGCCCGGAUUCUACUUGUCAGAUGGUUCACCGGAAGUAACGUGCUCUACGGAUGGUACAUGGUCUACACCGGAAGUAGAAUGUUACCCGUACUGUCAACAACCUGCUAUAGCACAUGGCUCUCCACAGGACCUAGCACCCGAACCCAUAAAGAAAGACGUAACUGUCGUGUACAGCUGUGACAGUGGAUACUACACUUAUCCGUCUGUUACCGAGCCUACUGCAGUUUGUCAACAUACCGGCUUGUGGACAUAUUCUGCGGCAUGCUACAAAUAUUGCGGAAACGCACCGGACUAUACAUGGGAAAAGGUUAAAAGCUAUUCUUCUACACCUCCCUUUACUGUAGGAACAGUUGCUUUUUACAAAUGCGUCAUACCUUUGGUCUCGGUUUUCACUGGAGGUAGCACUAAGACAUGUGAAUGGUACGGAGGAUGGAGCGGAAAGGUCCACUGUUAAAUGGUGUAAAUAUAAUGGUGGCGUCCUCAUGGGACAGUCUUGAUUAAAAUGAAUUACACUAGUUCAAAAGAAAUGGUUGGUUUCCUUGACAUCUGUAAAAGAUAUUUACCGUAUAUGUCAGGGGAGUAAGCGAUAUCAUACGUCGAACGGCCCCGUUGAAGUUAUUCAACCCCAUAACAUAUACUCGUUAGUUUGCGGAAAGAUAUUGCGCUCCUACAGUCGCGCAGUGUUUCCGCUGCAGACCUUGUGCAUAUUUCUCGGUGCAGCAUGUCAUUUGACAAAUGUAUUGCAGCUACAUGUAUUUAUUCUGUUGUAAAUAUCUUUAAAAGUGACUUCCAUCUAUUUUUAUCAUCAGCUGAUCUUACGUGUUACAGUAAUAUUUCUUUAUGCAUUGCAAACAUUUAGUCUGUCGCAUUUACUGGUACUGAUGAUAAAGUCGAACAGAUGAUAAAGUCGACCACCUUCAAAUUAUUCAACUGCAAUUGUUUUUUUUAUAAAACUGAACAUGCCGUCUAAUAGGAACCACUUACAACACCAACUGGUGUAAACAAAAACAAAAUUGGUAAAUAUUCUGUAUAAAUAAAUGAUUUACAUUUGUCUGUUUAAAAAAUAUUUAUCCAAAAAUACUGGGGAAGAGGAUGUUUUUUGCGCAUGCUCACUGUCAACACAUGAAGGCCUGACAUUUGUUCACUUUUCAUUACUUGAGCGGGAAUGACUGUUGCAACAUUUUUGGGAAAGUUUCAAUAUAAUACUAUGGACAAUUUUUGAAAGACAAAGUGGUCGAAUUUAUCAUCAGUCAACAUUCGUACAGUCCCCAUUUUACAUACCCCUUUCAGGGCCUCACUUCUUGUGAGUUUGCUAACUAAAUAUAAAUUUAAAUUAUGUCAAUUAUUCAGUAAGAGCUAAGCUUUAUUUUGAUACUAACCAUUGAUAACAACUUGCAGAAAUAAAAAAGUUACAGGUAAAAAACCUUAUUUUCUGUUCGAGUUUAUCAUCAGUACCAGUACUGCAUAAAGUGACCCUUUUUUCCGUAAGCUGAAUAUAAGUAAUUUUAUUGCUUUAUCAAGCAGUCGGCUAGAGCUAUACAUAGAGCUCCAAAUUCGGUUAACCCAGUUUGGCCUCAGUCAAACGACAGCAUGUCAAUACGUGCAAUCAGCUGUUUAGAUGGAACAGAAGCCAUGACUAGCUGUCAACUUGCUGCUGUAUUGCAACCAUGUGCUUUAAAUGUCUUGUUCUUUAGUCGAUUUGUCACUUUGGCUACAAGAUAACUAAUUGGAAUUUUCUCAGCUGUCAAAUGAACAUUGUAUUACUGUAUUAAAUAUAGACAUAGUUCUUCUUUUAACGACAAUAAUGUUGUUAUUGGCAUGACGAACCGGCCUUCUAUUUAUAUUUCAUAAGAUUGUUGCAUCUAAACAGGCUUCUAUUCCGUAUUUCUACAUAAAAUUGUUGUGUUGU